CUUGGUUUUUGAACCAGGUUUGUAAUUAGCUGCGUCUGAGUAUGUUCUUCAUCUCGAAACUUUCGCAAGUGGGGCAGAUGGUUAAGAGGUUCACAACAGCAGGUCAAUUGAAAUAUGUAAAUAGAUCAGAACAUAUGCGAAGAUCGUACAGUUGUUAUUUACAGAAUUUGAACCAUUGUCCUUUCUCUACCACGGCUGCAGAUAACAAUUGUGAGGAUGGGAAUGAACAAAAAGAGAAGAUAUCUGUCACAUUUGUUGACAAGGAUGGAGACGAGAUGCAUAUCAAAGUCCCUAUUGGAAUGUCUAUGUUAGAAGCUGCCCAGGAAAAUGAUAUAGAACUUGAAGGAGCAUGUGAAGGCUCGCUUGCAUGUUCAACAUGUCAUGUUAUUGUUACGGAUGUCAAUUACUAUAAUAAACUGGAGGACCCAACGGAUGAGGAGAACGAUAUGUUGGAUCUUGCUUUUGGUCUUACAGAAACGUCUCGCUUGGGUUGUCAAGUGAUUGCAAAGCAUGAACUGGAUGGAAUUUGCUUAGCACUUCCUGGUGCCACUCGAAACUUUGCUGUUGAUGGCUAUGUACCAAAGCCACACUGAGCACACUGAUGCGAUGCAAUUUUUUCCAGUUUUGUACCA